CUCCAGGCUCAAGGUAGGUGGCUCUUGCGCGCCAGCCAUCCGCUUGAGCUGACGGCAUGCUCGCGAAGCGCUCAUUCUCGAGCGCGUCUGGCAUCUCGAGCGCGUCUCGGUCCCGGGCUGGCACUGACCGGGACCGCAGCUCACGGCCCACAUCGGUCCACGAGUCUGAAGCGGACGCUUCUGGAUUGCGAUCUACUGGAGAGGCAUGGCAAGACGGGGAACUCGCCAAGGCACCCUCCUGGCAUGCUGAUCCUCCUGCUCCCGUCGUGCAUCAUCCUCCGAGUAUCGGCGACGAUGAGUACGGCUGCUUUCCCAGGGACUGGAAACUUUCCAACCCCCUGACGGCGGAGGAGAAGCGCGACAGCGAGGAAAGCUUCCACGAGCUCCUCAAGAGGCUCUCGAACGCCCACGACAAGGAGCUUCGCGUCACGGUGGACCAGCUGGUAGUGGAGAAGGCCGAACUCCAGUGGCAGGUCGAUGCGCUGCGAACGCAGUUGGCCAAGCAGCGCUUCGGACCGAUGGACAAAGACCAGGGGGAGGGGGCGGCCCGCGGCAGAGGGCUCGGCACCACUCCGAGGGAACGAAGGGCGACGCUGGUCACUCCGGGGGGCAGGGGGGCGACGCAGUCCUCCCCGCGGAGCAGGAGGGCGACGAUCACCGUCACCGACACGAAGGGGACGACCCGGACGUCUCUCGUCGUAGGCACCUCCCGGGGAAGUACGCCCGAGCUGGCCAGCCUCGAGGGUUUGCCGAGCAUGCCCAGCGUCCCGGACACCGACGAGGUGGUGCAUCGGAGUUCAGACGACGCCGACGUUCACAGGGAAAGCGCCAACGAGGACGAGAUGGCCGAGAACGAUGAGGAGUGCUUCCCUGCGCGGCCGGAGUACACGGUGAACCUGGCGGACAUCAUCUACAAGAGCAAGCCGAUGACCCUUGACCGGCUGACGCGCAUGCCGACACGGCAGAUGACGAAACAGCUUUCGACUUUGACGAAGAUGUCCCACCCAUUCUACAUCGCUUCUCCCCGCAGCCCGAUGCGGACGGCAUGGGAGGUCCUGGGUGCCAUCCUCAUUUGCUGGGACUUGUUAAUGAUUCCUCUGACGAUCUUCUGUUACCCAAUGAAUGGCCUGCAUUUUGCGAUGGAGUGGAUCACGCUGGUAUACUGGACCUUGCAUGUUCCGCAAACUCUCACCGUGGGCUACGAAGAUGGGCUUAAGACUGUGACAAAGGCCUCGUCUGUUCUCGUGAAGUACUUGAAGAGCUGGUUCAUCAUCGACGCGGUGGUGUUAGUGCCAGACUGGGUCAUUGUUGUGCUCAGCUUGGGAAGCAAGGAGACUCGGACCACCUCAUGCGACAGCGCCGUGGAGGGCUCGGGGGCUGUCAAGCUGCUCAGGAACUUGCGCCUUAUGCGCCUCAUGCGGCUCACCCGGAUUGCUCGGUUGCAGAAGGCGUGGCAGUUGGUGAAAGAGAGGAUCCAUUCAUUAGAACUUAUGGUCGCAGCCAAUAUACUUACAAUGCUCUUGCUCUUGCUUGUGCUCAGCCACUUUAUCAGCUGCCUCUGGUACGCGAUCAGCUACCUGAUGGAUGGCGACAAGCGUUGGCUCGUUCACUACGGAAUGGACGGGUUGGCGUGGAACUAUUUGUACGCGACUUGCUUACAUUGGUCGUUGACGCAAUUCACGCCGGCUCCAAUGGACAUUCAACCGCAGAAUUUCCCCGAACGUGUUUUCACGAUCUCGGUAGUGGUCUGCGCUUUGGUGGGCUUCUCAUACGUAGUCGGCGCAAUCACGGCCAGCCUUGCGCAACUCCGGAGUCUCAAGGAGGAGGAGUCGAAGCUGUUCUGGGACUUGCGCGUUUAUUUGAAGCGCAACCACGUAGAGCACUUGCUUUCGAUUCGCGUCCAGCGCUACCUCCAACAUGUAUGGCGCUAUCGGGCUGCUAAUAAGACCUACCAGCAAAUCAAGAUUUUGGCGAUGCUGUCAGAGCAGCUCGAAAAUGAAUUGCUGUUCCAAUUGCAUUCGAAUCACUUGACGAUCCAUCCGCUUGUCGACAGGUUGUUGAAAGUGUCGAAGGUGACUGCUUUCAGGUUGGCAAAGACAGCCGUAUCCACCAAACAGGUCGCACGACUUGACCCCAUCUUCAUACACGGUGAAAAGCCGAGCCACAUGUACGUAGUCAUCGAAGGCCAAUUCCAGUACAAACGCGUGACCUCUGAGGGCGACGUGAUUCGUGAGAUGGUAGAUAAGGGCGAAGACUGGAUUGCGGAGCCGGUGCUGUGGACGACGGAGUGGUACCAUUUGGGCGAUUGCACCGCGACCGACCAGAGCAACUUGAUGUUGGUGAGUCCGCAUCACUUCUGUAAGGAAGCGCAGCGCAACCCAACAGCCUGGGUCCUGGUCACGAACUACAGCAAAAACUUCCUGAAGUGGCUGAACUCAACCGACCUCGACGACCUGUCUGACGUUACCCAGGGCGACGAGACAGACGUUCAAAAACAGCUGGCCAAGUUCAUGGUUGUCGACGACAUCGCCAAGUACAGCACCCGAGUCCACGCAAAAGCGCCCAAAAGCCGGCCGUCGGCCACAACCAUGAUCCACAUGGCGGUCGGCAAGAUCGCCAGCCGGUAGGCGCCGCCACGUCACGGCAGCGUGCGCGAGCUGGCGCAUAUUCUAUGUCGCCUUCUUUGUCGUUGUGUUAUGUGCUUAUUUUACGGUUGGGCGAGACAGGGUGUUGCCAGUUGUUCCCCAAGCAUUCCACUUUUUUUGUAAAUCACACCCUUUUGUCCGAGCUCGUUGUGUCGGAGCUCUGGCCAGGCCCAUCCUUGGCCCUGGGCUCGUGCAUAGACCCUCAGGCCUAGUGCAUGGCCCAGCAUGGCCAGGUCUGGUCGUGUUGCUCAGUUCCCUGAUUUGAUAUUUAUCGUGCAGCCUGCGGCCGUGCGUGGGUCGUCCUUUUGACGGCCUUGGCAAUGCUUCCUUCAGCUUGCGUGGAAUGCGCUUGCGUUUAUCUUGCCGCGCCCGGCAUGCGUCUCAAUCGCUUUUUCGCGUCCGUUCCUCCGCCCUCCUUCCUCGACUCCCCCGACUUUCCCCGAUCUCCGUCCGCCCUCCCGUGCCACUGGUUCCCCCGCGUGCUUUAUGUAGCCACAGCCGUCCCGAAGGGGGCUGGGCGCCCCCCCGGAAGGGCUGCCAGUCGCCCCCCGGGAGGGGGAUGCCAGUGGAAUCAGAUCGUGUGCACUGUAGUGACCCUCGUCCGGGAUGUCGUGUGGCAGCGCCUGCCUCGACGGAGACGAACAUCCGAUCCUCACAUCUAAACACGCCCUUGCCCACGAGACGGCAAGCUCGAGGGUGUCGUGCGCCAGCUGCCUCGGGGGCUUCCCCAGGGAACGCCCUCUCGCCGCUGUCCAUGCCUUCGGCUCGCUCACCCGUGUA